GCUUGAUUCGCUAGUGUUACUGCUAUUGCUAUGCGCACUAUCUUACUCCUACUACUACCAGGGGUGUUCUCGCAAACGCUUUCGCCUCCGAUCACAACGAAGUUCAAAUGUUUGACAAAUGGAUGUUGUGACGAGCAUGAGUGGUGCCGAUUUUGGGCAUCCAUUGGGGAGUGCCAGGCAAACGAGGAAUGGAUGGCUGCAAACUGUCAACUGGCAUGUGGAACCUGUACACUUCCAAUGGUUACAGCACCGCCGACUAUGAAAACUACUUCUCCUAGUAGUUCCACUACCGCCUCCGAAGAGCUACUAACAGCUCCACUGCAGAAGUUUGACGUGAAGAGCGUAAGCAAUUGUGAAGCAGUCAGAAGCAACAUGGAACAUGCCGCAGAGUUGAUGUACGAAUCAAAUCUGAUCAACAGUGUCGAAGAGAACUUCGGCCGAAACAUGCUGUCCUUGGAUGAGAUUACACGGAGCGUGCCUUUCGGAUGUGUUCCACAGCUACAAGCAAAUGGCUUAGACUGCAAUCGAAAUCUCUGCUACAACUUGAUGUUUCGCACACUGGACGGUACUUGCAACAAUUUCGACAAACCCUUGCAAGGAGCUGCCUUCCGCCGAUAUAUCAGGCAUUUCCCACCAAUCUACGACGAUGGCAUAGGAGAGCCCAUCUCCUCACUGAUACCAUCUCGGCCAACUGCUCGCGAAUCGAACCGUGUCAUGCUGUCUUCGGCACAAAUGGUAGCCCAUGAUAAGUACAACAACAUGAUGAUGCAGUGGGGUCAAUUUAUGUCGCACGACAUGGCCAAGACGACUUUGCAACCGUCAGCCCAGUGCACUUCAUGUGCUCCAGUGAAAUCGAAGUGCAUGCCAAUUCCAAUCACCUUGAAGGACCCGAAUUCAGCAUUCAAAAUGAAGCAGUGCUUGAAAGUGUCUCGAUCGGCGCCGAUCUGCCAUGUGACACCUCGUGAACAGCUGAACGAGAACACGGCCUACAUAGAUGGUUCGAUGAUCUAUGGUUCUUCACCGAAAGACCUGCACAAAUUCAGGGAAGCGAGGACUGGAUUCCUUAAGAUGAAUCGCUUCAAUAAUCAGAUAGUAUUGCCCUUCGAUCAGUCAAAAUGCCCAGGCAAGGAUAAGUGCACAGCCUCAUUUACUGCUGGAGACAUUCGAGCCAAUCUUUUCAUUGGACUCAGCAGUCUGCACAUUCUAUUCGCCAGGGAACAUAACAGGAUUGCCCAUCGCCUGCAGGACAUGAACAAAGGGUGGAGCGGAGACAGGAUAUUCCAGGAGGCACGAAAGAUAGUCGGAGGCAUCAUCCAGCAUAUUCUCUACAAAGAAUACCUGCCGAAACUGCUCGGUGUCGCCCACGCAAAGGUUAUCGGCGAUUACAACGGUUACGACCGAAAUGUGGAUGCCACGAUCGCGAACGAAUUCACGACGUCCGCAUUUCGCUGCGGGCACGGCAUGAUCGAGGAAUUCUACAAGCGAGUAGAUUUCUCUGGCGAAAACAUCACUCAUGGUGGCUUCUUCUUCGGUGACGGUGUAUUCAAGUCAAGCAAGAUUCUCUUUGAAGGAGGUAUCGAUCCCAUUCUUCGUGGAUUCAUGAGCACGCCCGUCAAGCGACCACAUCGUAUGACGCCAGCCAUCACUGAAAAAAUGUUUGGAAGUACUGACCUUGGAUCACUGAACAUUCAACGAGGUAGAGAUCACGCGAUUCCUUCAUACAAUACUAUGCGAACAUUCUGCGGUCUUCCAAGAGCCGCUAGUUUUGAAGACUUCUCUGAUAUGAUCUUGGACAAAAAUCUACGAACUGGGCUGGGAAAGCACUACAACACUACUGAUGAUGUGGACUUCUAUGUGGGUUCUAUGCUAGAAGACCCCGUCGUCGGUGGACUCGUCGGCACCACUCUCAGCUGUGUCAUUGGAGAGCAAUUCAAACGACUUCGCGACGGUGAUAGGUUCUACUAUGAGAACCCAGGAGUGUUUACACCAGCUCAGUUGACGGAAAUUCGCAAAUCCUCACUUUCACGGGUAAUAUGUGAUAACGGGGACCACUUUGAUCUAAUUUCUCAGGAUGCUUUCCUCUUGCCCGGCUCUCAAUUAACGCCGUGCAGUCAAAUAUCGCAAGUGGAUCUGAGCAAAUGGAAGUUACAGUAGUUGCUCCUACCGCACGUAGCUGUAUAAUAACAUGAGCAGGCUCCAGCUUCAGCCCAGCCUGCAGACUCUGCCGGGAGCAAGAGUUCUUGCUGGGCAAACUCCUUCUACUCAAGUCUGCCCUGCGAUCGUUUCGCCGAUCCUCGCUUGCUGCUGAAGCGCCGCAUCCUCUCAGUUCGGACACGCCUCGCUCGUCUUGCCUCCUCGCCUCGGGCGCAGGUGCUCGUCUGCCCCUGCAAAUACUGGUCUAAUAUUGCCAAAUGUCUCUAUUUGUUGUUUCCUUUGUUAUUACAAAAUUUGCUAUGUGAUUUGAUUUAUUGAUUUUUUGUGAUUUAUUUUCGCCAUUUGCCUAGCCUUAUUUUUUGACGCUGUAGCUCGUUUUGGACCAUAUUGUAAAUAUUGCCAUUUCUGCC